ACAGCAUCAUUUGGGAGCACUGUUUGUUUAACAGGGACACAAAAAAGGAAAAAAAAAAAUUAAAAAGAGAAAUACUUAAAUUAUUUGCAAAACGAUUAUAAUAUGGCGGACGAAAGUAUAACUCGUAUGAACUUGUCGGCUAUUAAGAAGAUCGAUCCCUACGCUAAAGAGAUUGUUGACUCGUCAUCGCAUGUUGCCUUCUACACCUUCAACUCAGAGCAGAAUGAAUGGGAGAAAACUGACGUAGAGGGCGCAUUUUUUAUUUACCAUCGCAAUGCCGAGCCGUACCACAGCAUAUUCAUCAACAAUCGCCUAAAUACAACUUCGUUUGUGGAGCCAAUUACAGGAAGCCUUGAAUUACAGUCGCAGCCCCCGUUCCUUUUGUAUCGCAACGAGCGGUCCCGGAUCCGCGGAUUCUGGUUCUACAACAGUGAAGAGUGCGACCGCAUCAGCAACCUGGUAAACGGUUUACUUGUGAACAAGGAGAGCAACGGACACGCGCAGGGUCCACUUGUUAUGCCCAAGUUUGCUGAUCCCAAGCCAGGCACUGCAAGCAUAUUUAAUAUGCUCAGCAAAGCCCAGAAAGAGUACAAUGCACAAUUAAAUAAUAACAAUAACAAGCCCAAGACAGCGCAGAACGAAAACGCAACUCCUGGCAAUGUUCUGAAAUUCUUUGAAUCCGCAAAGCAGGCAACAGCGGAGUCGCUAUUUCAUCGAGUACAACCAUUGUCCGUUGACCAGUUGGAGAAACAGCAACGCACUGUGACCCCAAAUGAGGGAGGAUCAGUUCAAUCCUCCUCCACACGUGAUUCCGACUUUGUCCGUGCUUCCGAGUGCCAGCUAUCGCCGUUUCAAAAGGUCGUCACAAGUCCCGGUCAAACUUUGUCGCUGCUCAGUGAGCUGAAUAUUGGAAAACCCUUUGCCGAGGCGAAUGAAUCAACGUCAGCCUUAAUAACGAGCGAAGAGGAGCCUGGUCAGUGCCUUAGAAGAUUAUUGGUAGGGGACAGAGAAAAAUCGGAAGCAAAGCCGGCUCUAAUGCCACCUACCAUGUUUGACGCACCCAAUGCCAAGCCGGAAGUGUUGCCCCAGCAGCAGCAGCAGCAGCCGCCUUUAAAUUCAACACAGUUUGUCCAGGCGUUCACUUAUCUCAUACAAAACGAUAAGGAUUUUGCUAACAAGUUGCAUAAAGCCUAUCUCAAUGGCUGUUCCAAUUCGCUAAUUGACGCAAAUGCAACAUAUCAAUAAAAUAAAUUCUAUUUUUUAUCCCAAAACCUAAA